AUGUUUAAUAUACUGAGCCUCCUACGCUUUGUGGUACUCAGCAGUCUUAUUCACCUGGCUCUCGCUGAUCUACCGGUGAUAGAUCUCGGGUAUGAAAUUUACCAGGCCGUUGACCCAGGAAAUGUUACCAAAAGCUAUUAUACCUUUUCGAACAUUCGAUACGCUGCGCCUCCGACAGGUAACCUCCGCUGGAGAGAACCGGCGCUACCUAAAAAGAAUCGAACUUCGAUCCAGCGGAAUUCCCAAGUGAUAACUUGCCCGCAAGGGACGCCAACAUGGCAAAUAAGAACCAGCAAUUCUCUGAAUGCUUACCUGGAUACUGGGGUCGUACCCAACAUCUCAUACUCAAACUUGACAACUAUGCUGCAGUCUGGCCAGGAGGACUGCUUGUUUCUGGAUGUAUUUGCGCCAAAGACGGUGUUUGAUAACGUUGAAAGCGGCUGUCAACUCCCUGUUCUGGUUUGGAUACAUGGUGGCGGAUUCACAACUGGCUCCAAGACCGAUUUUGGGUCUCCGAGGACCCUGCUGAACCGUGCUGCUGAGCAUGAUAACCCUGUGGUGUACGUCGCGUUGAACUACAGAGUGGGUGCAUUUGGCUUCCUGGCAGGCCCCUCCUACGAAAGUCAGGGCGGCUUGCUGAACGCAGGUCUCUUCGACCAACGCAUGGCUGUCCAGUGGAUCCAGGAUAACAUUCACCGAUUCGGCGGCGAUAGAAACCAGGUCACGGUCUUUGGUGAAUCUGGAGGGUCGGGGUCCAUCUUGCACCAUAUAACUGCGGGAGGCGGCGCUAUCAAGCCUCUGUUCAGCAGAGCGAUCCUGCAAUCACCAGCGUAUUUCCCUUACCGGUCUUCUAGCGAGAGACAAGCCGCGUUUGACCUGUUCAUGGGCCAUGCAAACGUUACUAGUCUCGAGCAGGCCCGAAAGCUCCCCUCCGAGCUCCUGAUCACGGCCAAUGCCCGCUCCAUCGGCGAAUCACUGCCAUAUCAUUCCCCAGUCUACGGUCCAACCCCCGACGGCACUCUGGUGCUGGAUGAUCCCAAGGCCCACCUGCGCCGCGGGGAGUUCUCAAAGAGAGUAGACAUCAUUACAGCGCACAAUUCAGACGAAGGCCUCGUCCUAGUUCCCGCAAUCCACACCGACGACGAGUACAGAUGCCUCCUGCAGAUGAUCCUAACCAAAGCGAGCUCGUCCACGAUCGACUACAUUGUGGAUACCCUAUACCCGCCCAUCUUCGACGGCUCGCACGGCUACAGGAAUAAUUUCGAGCGCGCGGCCAAAACAGCCGGGGAACUCAUCAUCGAUUCCAAUGCCGUGUCCACGGGUCUUGUUUUUGGACGCCACGCGCAGGGUUACUAUUUCUCCACGUAUCCAGGGAUCCACGCGCAGGACAUCACAUAUACAUUUUACACUCCCGGUGGAAAUCCGUCCUACUCGCGUAUUGACACUGGGCCCGUGAAUACGACUGUGGCAUAUGUAUUGCAGGACUAUAUCACCAGCUUCGCCGCGAAUGGUGAUCCAGUGAGCGAGGUGGACGGCCUGAAUGUGAUUCCGCCGUAUGUGCCUUUUGGGGUGACGGUUCAGUUGGACUCGGUUGGGGUCAACCUGGCUCGCGAUCCGGCCAUGAAUGCUCGGUGUGCCUGGUGGGCGGCGAAUGUUGAUAAAUGGUCCUAG